AGAAGACCACGAAGUGUCGGUGAACGGCCAUGAGACUGGUGGCCAGGAUGAAAGAGACUGGAUCCACACGGUCGGAGACCUGCGGACUCUGUGGGGCAGCACUCCUGGUGGCUGCCAGAACUGCACAACUUCAACAACCGUCGGGUCGCGGGAGGGGCCCAAAGGGUGAAGCUCUGGAGGGUACCAUCAGGAAGAGCUUGGGGACUUCAAGGACAACGGCGUCGAGUCGACUCACCAUCGACGAGUUCCUCAAGAUCGACCUGGAGCAGGAGCACGACCCUCCCAGCUUCAACGACGCCAAGAAGAAGUCCAAACAGCAGACAACCAGCACCCAAGACAGAUUCGGGCAGUGAAGUGAAGUGGGAGAGGAAGGUGACGUUGUGAGGCCCAAAGAGAGAGGGAGGAGG